GUGAUGGUGUGACCAGGUUGCGGCAUUAAGCCAAGUGAAGUACUUCUUGAUGCGAAUUCAACACAGACUGAAGCCUGCGCUCGUGAUUAACAAAAAUGGCCAAAGUUAGCAUUGAUCUCUUGUAUAACACUCUUUGCAGAAGGUCUGCUGCGCUGAAUCAUCGUGCAUUAUUCGUGUUAAAAGGAAAGGAUGUGGAGCAACAGGUUGCUGCUUUGUAUCAUCUAUUACAUAAAGCAUCAGUGGAUGGAGCAUCUUCAGUCUUGUGGUGUCAUAAACACAGUGCUGAUCUACCCAAAUCCAGUCGGAAGGCUAUGAAAGUAAUGAGCAAAAAAAUUAAAUCUGGUGAAGUGGAUCACUCCCAACUCAAGCUGCUUGAUUUACUCCUGCAUGCUGGUGUUGUAAAGUUCUGCAGUUAUGGAUCUACUCAGUCUGUGCUUGGCAACACAUACAAGAUGUGUGUCCUUCAGGAUGUUGAGUGUCUGACCCCUAACAUAGUCUGCCGGGUGGUGGAGACUGUUCAAGGAGGUGGGGCUGUGGUGAUCCUUUUGCCUGACAUGAGUCACAUCAAGCAACUGUGCAACAUGGAUAUGGAUGUUCAUUACAAGCUCACAACUCAUUCACAUCCCACAGUGCAGAAACUCUUCAAUAAACGCUUAGCGCUGUCAUUCUCUUGGUGUCGAAGCUGUGUGAUUGCUGAGAGUGACAUGCGUGUUAACUCCAGUGACUUAUUGGGCAUAAAUUACAAGAGCAUCAACAUACCUUCAGCUGAUGAACUACAACAGCAAGAGGAAGCUGCUGAAGAACUUGCUAAAAUUCAGUCUGACCUUGAAGAUGCCGUGCAGCCCUUGCCGGAGCUUGCAAGGCUAUGCAAAACUGCUGAUCAGGCUCGAACAGUGAUGAAGCUUGUUGACGUAAUCACUGAGAAGCGGCCUGGCAGUGUUGUCUCUGUGACGGCUGGGCGAGGACGUGGCAAGUCUGCAGCUCUCGGCCUGGGAGUAGCUGCGGCCAUAGAUCUUGGCCUUACUAACAUCUUUGUCACCAGUCCAUCGCCACACAAUCUGACUGCUUUCUUCCAAUUGCUUUUCAAUGGAUUUGAUGCCCUUGGUUACAAAGAAGGGGAGCAUUAUGAAGUUUUCCAGUCUACCAACCCCGAAUUUUCUGGUGCUAUUGUACGUGUUGUGGUGUAUAAAAAACAACGCCAAACCAUACAGUACGUGCUGCCCUGUGACUACGGCAAGGUGCAACAGGCGGAGCUGGUGGUGGUGGAUGAGGCGGCCGCCAUACCACUACCGCAGGUGCGGGCUACGCUGGGGGAGCACAUCACCCUGAUGGCAUCUACCAUUUCAGGGUACGAAGGCACUGGUCGGUCGCUUUCCCUAAAAUUAUUGAAGCAACUACGUCGUCAGAGCACCAAAACUGAGCAGCGUGUUGAUGCCAAGGACAUUGCGAGUUGGGAUGUGCAUGAGUUACACGAGGUGUCGCUGUGGCGGAGCAUUCGCUAUGGUCCUGGCGACCCUGUCGAAGACUGGCUUAACAAACUCUUUUGUCUGGACGCGACCAACACCGUCAACCCAGCCACCUCUUGCCCAGCUCCCAGCACGUGCCAACUUUAUGCUGUAAAUAAGAAAGUGUUGCUGAGCGGCAACAAAGGGAGUGAGCAGUUCUUACUACAGGCGCAGAGUCUUCUUGUGGCCUCACACUAUCGCAACAGCCCCGACGACCUCCAGGUGUUUGCUGACGCUCCUGCUCAUCACCUCUUCGUGCUUAUGCCGCCAAUGCAGAACUGCAACCUCAAGACCCUCCCGCCUGUGCUUUGUGUAGUCCAGGUAUGCAUAGAAGGCGGGGUGUCGUCGUCUGUAGCGCAGCGCGUCAUGCGUCAGGGCGAGCGGCCGCCAGGUGACCUGGUCGCUUGGAUGCUCGCGUCGCAGUUCCGCGACCCUGACUUGGCUUCCCUGGUCGGCGCCAGGGUGGUCCGCAUUGCUACGCAUCCCGAUUUCCAGGGAAUGGGUUACGGGUCACGAGCGCUGCUGCAGCUACAAGACUACUACAGAGGUCGCCUUGUUGACCUUACGGAGGUCCAGGAACAGCCCUCGGAGACUGAUGAAGAGGAUUUGCUAGAUUUAUCUGAGCCUCUUGCUCCUGCACACCAGAAGACACCUCUGCUGUGCCGUCUGAGCGAUCGCUUGCCUGAACACAUCGAUUACCUGAGCGUCUCCUACGGCCUCACGCAGCAGCUCUUCACUUUCUGGGCUCGUGCCAAGUUUUUGCCGCUCUACGUUGGGCAAACUGUGAACCAAGUGACAGGCGAGCACAACUGCAUGAUGGUGUAUCCUGUGAGCCGCAGCGCCGAUGACACGUCGUCAGCGCUGCCCAGUUGGCUGACAGAGCCGUGCGCUGAAUUCGUGCAUCGCUUCAUGGGGCUUCUGUACGGGCCCCUCCAGUCUCUGAACCCCAUGCUGGCGUCAGAUCUCAUCAAGGCACACAGUCAGCAUAUUCAGCCGUCACAAGAGCUGGUGUGGAGCGACGUUGAAUGUCUUAUCAGCGGACACGAUCUGCGGAGACUGGAGAAGUACAGCAAGCACACAGCCAGUCGUCAUGUUGUGACUGAUCUCAUUCACCCUCUUGCCAAACUCUACUGCCAGCAACGCUUACCAGAGCUGCAGCUCUCCAAAUUGCAAGCGGCUCUGCUAGUGGGCAAAGGCCUCCAGAACAAAGAAUGGUUAAGCGUGGGCAAAGAAUUAGGACUGACAGCAGAGUCGGCGCUGGGAAACUUUUGCCGCGCUAUCUGCCGCAUUUACCGCAAGUUGGCAUCCUUGCAAGAAGAAGUUUUUGCCAGUAAAGUGGCUACCGUCGUACCUGACCUCCUACAGCCUGUCAACAUCAGCGUGGAACAGGACCUGCAACGACUUGCCAAGGAAACUGAAGAAGAAAGACCAGAUCUUCACUUCCAGAAAAGAAAACGCGAUGAUAUUGAUGAUUUCAAUGCCAGUCUGAGUAAAAAGAAGAAACAGAAGAAGCCGAAAUAUAAAAUGCCACAUUAAUCACCGCGUGCAUGAUUAACGCCCUAAAUCCUGCUACUUUUGAUUAUUAUUUUGAUUGUAGGAAUGCUCCCUUCACACACCUGCUGAGGUGUCACAUUACAGAAACAUCAUUCAAGUUCGUGUUAAAAAAAAAAACAUCUCGUUGAUUCCUUGAUGAAACCCACAGCUGUUAAACCUACAAGAUGGUUGUAAUUGUGUAGGUUACACCUCAAUUGUGAAACUGAUUGUCUUCGUUUUUUACGUUUUUUCCUAGUAUUGUCUUCU